GGGUGUCACAUCUCUCCAGCAUCUGAGCUGAAAGAACAGAGGCUAGGGAGAAGGAGAAACCCACUUGUCCGUGGAGUCAGCUGUUUUUCUGCCGAGCAAACACUGGAGGAACAACAAGUGAGGAGCUGGUGAAGAGCACAGACCUUUCCUCCUGGCUGACAGCGGUUACUUUGCACCUGUCAGCCUUGAAGGGGAGGGUGGUGUCCCUUCCUCAGCCUUUAUUUGACGAAAACCGCUGGACGGAGCUUGUGAUGGACAAGAUCAGCAAAAUGGACGAGAUGGCUGGAGGUGAGGAAUAGACUUCUCUGGAGCACCUUACGUCUGCUGAGCUCAUGCCAUUUAUCCAUUCCUGGGCUUCUCUUAAGAAUAUUUGUAUCUCAUACAGCAAGCAGGGAGGGCAGAGAGAAGAACCAGGUCUCUCAUAGCCUGAUUGUUCUCCCACCCCAAUCCCCAAGAUGUCUUGUGACCCUGCCCUCAUCAGUGUCAGGCCUGGAGAGGAUCCUGAGAGUGGCGGCUUCUCGGAGGAAAGUGGCGGUGGGGGUGAUGGCAGUAGUGUCCUGGGAGAGGACAGCCCGGUCACAGGGCCACUGGGCACAAUGCUGCUGCUCAUGUGCCUCAUUGGGAUGGUCGGGAACAUCUACACGGUGCUGGUGGCCUCUGGCAGGGUGGCGGGCCGCUCAGCGGGCUCCCUGGGGGUCUACGUGAUCAACCUUGCCCUGGCCGACCUCCUGUACCUCUCCACCAUCCCCUUCGUGGUCUGCACCUACUUUGCCCAUGACUGGUUCUUCGGGGACGCGGGCUGUAGGAUUUUGCUCAGCCUGGACCUCCUUACCAUGCAUGCCAGCAUCUUUCUUCUGACUGCCAUGAGCCUGGAGAGGUACUGGGCAGUGACCAGGCCGCUGCGGGCCAGGCGGGCCGGCAACGCUUACCGCAAGUUGGCCAGCGCCAUCCUCUGGCUCCUUGCGCUCCUGCUUACAGCUCCCAUGAUGGCGAUGACCCAACUGCGGGAGGGGGAUGGCCCCCACAAGCGCAUCUGCGUCCCCACCUGGACACCGGCAGCCUUCCGUCUCUACCUGACAGUGCUCUUCGCCACCAGCAUCCUGGUGCCUGGCAUGGUGCUGGGCAUCGUCUACACCCGCCUGGCCCGGGCGUACCGCUCCUCCGCCUGGCCCUUGGGGCUGCCAGCGGCUGGCCAGGCUCCCACCCGGCGUCUCUCCUCCAGGAUCUCUGCCAUCGUGGUGGCCUACUGGGCCUGCUUCCUCCCCUUCUGGGGCUGGCAGCUGGCUGGGCUGUACUGGGGUGAGGGCAUGGGCAUUGGCCCCACUGCCCAGGCCUACCUCAACUUUGGUGUCACCUGCCUGGCCUAUGGCAACAGCUGCGUUAACCCCUUCCUCUACACCCUGCUGGCCAGCAGCUACCGCCGGCACCCUGGCCGCAGCGGGUCAGGGGUGGCAUGGCCCCAGGCACCCUCCCUGGAUGUCACAGGAGGCCACAGCAUCCCUGUGGCUUCUGGGGAAAUGUUGGGGUCCAUGGGGGAAAGUGUGGGAAGCCCCAGACCUUGAGCAGUUCCCUGGGAGGGGGGGUAUCUCCCAGACUUUUGUGAGUGUUGAGACAUGAAAUAAAAGUUUACUUUCU